CUGCAUUUGUACUCGUUGUUUUAGAAUAGUUAUCUCUUCCUGAUUUCUUGAUAUUCCUUAAACGGUUUAGCCAUUUUAUAUCUUUGCUUAAAAUCCCUUAUCCCAUCAGCUGAAUCAUUAUCGUAACCGAAUCAUGAUCACGAUGAGAUUUCCAUCUUUUGCGGCAUCUUGUUCAGCCUGUGACUCAUCAUCCUUUCACUUAUUAAUAAGAGCUUUGUUGCAAGUUACCUUUUCACUUCAAAUCCCUUCCCCGAAGCCCUUUUUCAAGAGCAGCUGGGGAAAGAGCUAAAUAACUUGUUACUCUUCUUUCUACUUCACUCACCUUCUCUUCUCCCUCUUAUCUUUUUAUUUAUUUAUUAUUAUUCACGUUUGUGCAUUCUCUUUUGAUUAAAGAGCACUGAGCCUGUCACCUUUAAAGCAAUUAAAAUUUUGUUGAAAGCUUAGUUAGCAGAAUGCGGUCUGGAAAGCAUUCAAUGUUCCUCUUACUCUCUUUCAUUCUCUUUUCUGUGCUCCAUGCACCUGCUUUUGCAAUCAAAAAGUCUUACAUAGUGUACAUGGGAUCGCAUGAGCAUGGUGAAGGAGUCACAGAUGCUGAUUUUGAUCUAGUUACACAAAUUCAUCAUGAGUUCGUUAAAUCCUAUGUGGGAAGUUCUGAGAAAGCGAAAGAAGCAAUAAUAUACUCUUACACUAGGCACAUCAAUGGCUUUGCUGCCAUGCUGGAAGAGAAAGAAGCUGCUGAUAUUGCAAAACAUCCAGACGUUGUGUCAGUUUUCUUAAACAAAGGAAGAAAACUACACACUACUCAUUCGUGGGAAUUCAUGGACCUGGAAGGGAAUGAUGGGGUAAUUCCCUCUGAUUCACUGUUUAGAAAGGCCAAAUAUGGUGAAGAUACUAUUAUUGCAAAUUUUGACACUGGUGUAUGGCCAGAAUCUCCGAGCUUUAGAGAUGAGGGGAUGGGACCUAUACCAUCAAGGUGGAAAGGAACUUGUCAACAUGAUCACACCGGCUUCCGUUGUAACAGGAAGCUGAUAGGAGCAAGGUACUUCAACAAAGGUUAUAUGGCCCAUGCUGGAGCUGAUGCAAAAUUUAACCGUACACUGAACACAGCACGAGACUAUGAGGGUCAUGGAUCUCACACACUAUCAACAAUAGGAGGAACCUUUGUUCCUGGGGCAAAUGUAUUCGGCUUGGGAAAUGGAACUGCCGAAGGUGGUUCUCCUAGGGCCCGUGUUGCUACUUACAAGGUGUGCUGGCCACCAAUUGAUGGCAAUGAGUGCUUUGAUGCUGAUAUCAUGGCAGCCUUUGACAUGGCCAUACAUGAUGGUGUUGAUGUUCUUUCCCUCUCUCUUGGAGGGAAUGCUACGGAUUACUUUGAUGAUGGCCUUUCGAUCGGGGCCUUUCAUGCUAACAUGAAAGGCAUCCCUGUCAUAUGCUCUGCAGGGAAUUACGGACCAACACCUGCAACUGUUUUUAAUGUUGCACCUUGGAUACUAACAGUUGGUGCAAGCACCUUGGACAGACAGUUUGAUAGCGUUGUUGAACUCCACAAUGGACAGCGCUUCAUGGGAGCAAGCCUUUCUAAAGCUAUGCCGGAAGACAAGCUUUACCCACUCAUCAAUGCUGCAGAUGCAAAAGCGGCUAAUAAACCAGUUGAAAACGCUACUCUCUGUAUGCGAGGAACAAUUGACCCUGAGAAGGCGAGGGGCAAAAUAUUAGUUUGCCUUAGAGGUGUCACUGCAAGAGUGGAAAAGAGCCUGGUUGCUUUGGAGGCCGGUGCAGCAGGGAUGAUUCUUUGUAAUGAUGAGCUUAGUGGCAAUGAGCUUAUUGCUGAUCCUCAUCUCCUGCCUGCAUCACAAAUUAAUUAUAAAGAUGGUCUUGCUGUCUAUGCCUUCAUGAAUUCAACCAAGAAUCCGUUAGGAUAUAUUUAUCCACCCAAGACCAAGUUGCAGAUAAAGCCUGCUCCAGCCAUGGCAGCUUUCUCUUCUAGAGGGCCCAACACAGUCACACCGGAGAUCCUCAAGCCUGAUGUCAUUGCUCCUGGUGUGAACAUUAUUGCUGCCUACUCAGAAGGGGUUAGCCCAACAAAUCUGGGAUUUGAUAAGCGCAGGGUUCCUUUUAUCACCAUGUCUGGAACAUCCAUGUCUUGUCCUCAUGUGGCUGGAGUUGUUGGCCUUCUCAAGACUCUCCACCCUGACUGGAGUCCAGCAGUUAUUAAAUCUGCGUUAAUGACAACUGCUAGGACAAGGGACAACACUGGCAAGCCAAUGCUUGAUGGGGGGAAUGAUGCUAAGGCAACGCCAUUUGCCUAUGGAUCUGGUCACAUCAGACCAAACCGUGCCAUGGAUCCCGGGUUGGUGUAUGACUUAACCAACAAUGAUUACCUAAACUUUCUUUGUUUCUCUAUCUAUAAUCAGAGUCAAAUAGAGAUGUUCAAUGGUGCUCGUUAUCGUUGUCCCGAUAUAAUAAACAUUCUGGAUUUCAACUACCCUACAAUAACAAUACCAAAACUCUACGGCUCAGUUAGUGUGACACGGAGGGUGAAAAAUGUUGGGCCACCAGGCACUUAUACUGCAAGACUCAAAGUACCAGCACGUCUUUCCAUAUCUGUGGAGCCUAAUGUGUUGAAAUUUGACAACAUUGGUGAAGAGAAGAGCUUUAAGUUGACAGUGGAAGUUACAAGACCAGGUGAGACUACUGCAUUUGGAGGUAUAACUUGGUCAGAUGGCAAACGUCAAGUGAGGAGUCCAAUUGUAGUUGGGGGGGUUAGAGGGUAGAUCAUUAUCAAGUGAUAACACAUAAUUAAUUAGGAUGACGUCUUUUUUUUUUUUUCUUUUUCUGGUUUGUAUUAUUGGGAGAUUGGGAAAAGGGAAAUGCAUAACUUAAAAUGGUUGGUUUUGUCAUUUUCUAUUGAUUAGUUACUCUCACUUGGAAGAACCACAAUCUGUCAAUUUGAGAACAAAAUAAAUAAAAUUUUAUAUUAAAUAAAUUUUCAUUAA